AGAAGUGUUUACUGCCUCUCUGCGCUUCUAAUUCGUUUAAUUUCAUCAUGGCAACGUUAGUGGCGAACCGAGUGGAGCUGAACGGGCCUGAAGCUGCAGCCAGACAGCACGCACAAGCCGUGACCAGAAACUACAUCUCACAACCCAGACUCACUUACUCCACUGUGUCGGGUGUAAAUGGACCCCUGGUCAUUCUGGACAACGUCAAAUUUCCACGCUACGCAGAGAUCGUCCAUCUCACCCUGCCGGACGGCACCAAGAGGAGCGGUCAGGUGCUGGAGGUGAUCGGCAGUAAGGCUGUCGUACAGGUGUUUGAAGGGACCUCGGGUAUCGAUGCCAAGAAGACGGCGUGCGAGUUCACGGGCGACAUCCUGCGCACGCCCGUCUCCGAGGACAUGCUAGGUCGAGUAUUCAACGGCUCCGGCAAACCCAUCGACCGGGGUCCAAGUGUUCUGGCUGAGGACUACCUGGACAUCAUGGGCCAGCCCAUCAACCCUCAGUGCCGCAUCUACCCAGAGGAAAUGAUCCAGACGGGCAUCUCUGCCAUCGACGGCAUGAACAGCAUCGCCAGAGGACAGAAGAUCCCCAUUUUUUCCGCUGCUGGGCUUCCACAUAAUGAGAUUGCCGCUCAGAUCUGUCGGCAGGCUGGUCUGGUCAAGAAGUCGAAAGACGUCAUGGAUUACAGCUCAGAGAACUUCGCCAUCGUCUUCGCUGCUAUGGGAGUCAACAUGGAGACCGCUCGCUUCUUCAAGUCAGACUUCGAGGAGAACGGAUCGAUGGACAAUGUCUGCCUGUUCCUCAAUCUGGCCAACGACCCAACGAUCGAGCGCAUCAUCACCCCUCGUCUGGCUCUGACCUCGGCCGAGUAUUUGGCGUAUCAGUGUGAGAAGCACGUGCUGGUCAUCCUGACGGACAUGAGCUCCUACGCCGAGGCUCUGAGAGAGGUAUCUGCCGCCCGUGAGGAGGUCCCGGGCCGCCGCGGUUUCCCCGGUUACAUGUACACCGAUCUGGCCACCAUUUACGAGCGUGCCGGAAGAGUGGAGGGUAGAAACGGAUCCAUCACUCAGAUCCCCAUCCUCACCAUGCCGAACGACGAUAUCACUCACCCCAUUCCUGAUCUGACUGGUUAUAUCACAGAGGGUCAGGUGUACGUGGACCGACAACUGCACAACAGACAGAUCUAUCCUCCUAUCAACGUCCUGCCAUCUUUGUCUCGGUUGAUGAAGUCCGCUAUUGGAGAGGGUAUGACCCGCAAAGACCACUCAGACGUCUCCAACCAACUGUAUGCUUGCUAUGCUAUUGGUAAGGACGUGCAGGCUAUGAAGGCUGUAGUAGGAGAGGAGGCUCUGACCUCUGAUGAUCUUCUGUACCUGGAGUUCCUGCAGAAGUUUGAGAAGAACUUCAUCGCUCAAGGUCCCUACGAUAACCGAACAGUCUUUGAGACUCUGAAUAUCGGCUGGCAGCUCCUCCGAAUCUUCCCCAAAGAGAUGCUGAAGAGAAUCCCAGAGAGCACGCUGGCCGAGUUCUACCCGAGAAAAGACCACGUCCACCAAGGCGCCUCCUAACCGCAAAAGGUCAACGGUCACGUGACCCUCUCGUCUACAGAAUCUCAGUUCAGUGCCCAGACCGCUGGAACGCUUUAUACACACAUGGUACAACCUGUGACUGUAAUAUUAGUGCAGCAUACUGUCGUACGCAAAAAUUUAGACCCCCCUGGACAAAUUUAGGAAAUUUAUACUCUGUUUAUUUCUGUUUAUUUUACAUUAUUGUCCAGUAACAGGACAGAUAUGGCACAGGACAUGCGUAGGGAUAUUAACAGGUAAACUAUGGCACAGGACAUGGCAUCUUUGUGCCAGGGCACAAACAGGUUAGAUAUGGCAACUUUGGCAGUGUAUAAACAGGACAGAUUUGGCACCUUUGUGUUUGGGUACACACAGGUUAGAUAUGGCAACUUUGCCAGGGUAUAAACAGGACAGAUAUGGCACCUUUGUGCCAGGGUAUAAACAGGACAGAUAUAUUACCUUUGUGCCAGGGUAUAAACAGGUUAGAUAUGGCAACUUUGCCAGGGUAUAAACAGGACAGAUUUGGCACCUUUACAUUGGGGUACAAACAUGUAAACAAUUACCAUAUUUCAACAGAUUGACAGAAAUGUUUUUGAAAAUCAAAUAAUUGGAAUCCAGGGGUGUCCGGAGUUUUGUGUACGACUGUAAACACACGAUCGCAGCCUCAUGCCCGCAGGCUCUCUGUAUAAAGCGUCCGUCAGUGCUCUGGGCUCGGCUUCCUGUAGACUUGCCGUGUGUGUGUGUGUGUGUGUGUGUCAGGACGUGUUCGUGUGUACCCAUGAUUAUUCCGUAGCACCACUUUGUGUUUUUGUGUUUGUUUAUCUGACAUGUCACUCGCCCGAUGUAAUGCUGGACCUUUUUUGUUCUGUUUUGACUGAGUUUGUUUGACUUCAAAAGGGAGCAGGGGAGUAUGUUAUACUGACAUCAUUUCAUCCAACAUGUGCAGAUUUUUAGUCCUGUGAGGUCAGCGGUGUCCUCUUAUGGGCUAAAUAGACUUACCAUUUGAUACAUUUCUCUGAAGUACAGCGCACUAUCCUUCAUGCAUCAUUUAAAUGUACUGCCUGUAAUGCCGUACUGUAAUGAGGUACAAAACAUCCACUACUAUGACAGCUGGAUGUGUGUGUGUGUGGUUUUCUGGUUGUCCCCCUGUGCUACAUGGUGUACAACUAUACCAUCGGUAGUGAUCUAAUAAAGCAAACACAAGAGAAACCCUGUUGUGGGAAUAACAGGUACCCUGUGCCCCUUCUCUUCAGCUGCGAACUCCUUGUUAUCUGAACCUAUAGGAUGUUUACAUUUCAUGUUUUUCAGUACGGGUUGUGUGUCGUGUCGUGAUCUACAGAUUAUGAACAUUCCCUUUCUCUCGUGGACGAAUCUCUGUUGUAUUCACAAAUUCUAUUUCUGUGUUGAUGACAAAUUAAAUUAUAUUAUUCUUCAAA